AUGCACACUACAAACCAGGUGGACGGAAAAGGCGUUUUUCUAUUGACAGCCCUUAAAAGUCAAGACCGCAACAUCUUCUAUACAGCAAGAGUAACGCAGACCCACAUGGCCAAGAACGAACGGAACAACAGCCACCCACUCGUUGGGGAAGAUGAAAGUAAAGAUGCUGCAGA